CCUUGCGAUCUCUCUUGUCCAUCAAUAAUACUCCUAAGCUUUUCUUCCUCUAGUUUUGAAUGUUCAAGCUUUUUAGAACUUGACCUCGCCCUUUGUCAAUUAUAGAGCUGUUCGACCAGGACAAUGACUGACCGAAAGCGAGAUGACGGCUUUCUCGUAUAUUGGAAGUCCAUACUUGCCUGCUUGCUUGUUGGCAUGUGUCAAUUUCAGUACGGCCUGGACUCUACACUCAUUGGAGGAAUUCAAGCUAUGACAGGCUUCUUGGAGGUAUUUGGGUACCGAGACCCAGCGUCACCAAUUGGUUACAAUAUCUCAACCCUCCGCCAGCAGCUCAUUUCAUCCUUGAUGAUUCUAGGUGCUUUUUUGUCCUCGAUGAGUGCCGGAUUGAUUGCAAAGUAUAUUGGACGAAAAUUUACACUUUGGAUAGCUUGCUUGCUUUGCCUGAUUGCUGAUAUAAUUAUGAUGACAACAACAAGUAUUGGAGUAUUGUACUUUGGACGACUGCUUAUGGGCUUGUCGAAUGGCUUAUUCAACACAUUCGGACAGUUGUACAUUCAGGAGUGCGCUCCAUCGAAGUACAGAGGUGUGAUGAUUGGAGCUGCAACAUACUGGAUAAUAUUUGGAGCCUUGAUUGGGACCAUCGUUGACAAUUUCACCGUCCCAUUCGGUGGCAAGAAAUCGUACCUCGUCCCGCUCGGCAUUGCCUUGAUUAUGCCAGGUAUCAUCGCUGUUGGACUUCUGUUCUUACCCGAGUCCCCAAGAUGGUUCUUGCAAACCAACAACGAAGAGAAAGCUCGCAGCGCACUUGAGCGUCUAGCCCCAUAUCCUGAACUUGUGGAUGGAGACCUCGCAAGCAUGAAGUUAGCUAUUGAUAAUGAGGCAGCACUUGCGCGAAGCACUGAGAUUGUUGAUCUGUGGCGUAGUCCAGUUGAUCGUCGCCGAGCCCUUCUUGCGAUUGGAGCUAUUGUUCUUCAGCCAGCUUCAGGGGCGUCAUACAUCAUUAUUUAUAGCACUUACUUCUUCGAAAUGGCUGACAUUGGCAAGCCUUUCCAGAACUCUUGCAUUAUGUCAGGUGUUGGCGCUGUAGUUCUGAUCCUCAACAGUCUCAUAAUUACAAGAUGGGGAUAUCGUCGAAUCUUUCUCACCUGGGGAUUGAUACUGUGUGGUCUGACGCAGGUGAUUAUGGCUGCUGUCUACACCGCGCACCCUGGCACGAUCUUGACUGGAAAGGUAAUUGUUGGAUGCACCAUCCUUAACGUCACAUUUUACAACGGCAUGGUUGCAACCUAUGCCUUGCUUUGUGGUGGCGAGUUUCCGUCCCAGCGCUUUCGAUCAUAUACACUAGGCAUUGCAACAGCAAUGGGUUACUUCUUCGGAUGGCUCGUUGCAUUCACGGCUCCAUAUUUUAUCAAUCCUUCCUCUCUGAAUUGGGGUCCAAAGUAUGGGUAUAUAUGGGCAGGGAGCUGUUUGAUAGCUGCAAUUUGGACCUGGAUAUUCCUACCCGAAGUGAAAGGUAGAACCUUUGAGGAAAUAGAUGAAAUGUUCGAAGCACGUCUUCCUCCUCGCAAAUUUCGAGCAUAUAAAUGUACAGGUCCGGCGGCGUUGGGAGCAGCGGGUGACGGCCCAGAAAUUGAGCAUGCGUUGAGAAAUGCUGAGUCGACACCGGGAGAUUCGAAGCACGGCGUUACAGUAUUUGGAAAUCAUGUCGAGGAGAAGAUUUGAAUGGACUUGAGAUCGAUACCCGUUACUGCAAGACUAGGUCGGAAGGGGUUAGAAGGACUCGACGCAUAUGAUACUCGACUUGAG